AUGAAUAAUAGAAAGGGUAAAACACGAAACUUUAAGAAACAAAUUAAGUCGAAUAUGAAUAAGGAAAAAUGCGAAAAGAUAAAUGAUGACAUUCAUUCAAACAAUGUAGAAAUAGAAAACUGUGAUAAUAAAAGAAAUGAGAUAAUAAAUCAUAGAAAGGAAAAACAUCUAUGUUCUAAUUUAUCAAAUAUGGCAUUAAAUCCGAGUUCUUAUCAUGUUUCAAAUCCAAUAAGUUCACAUAAUAUAAAUGUAUAUUCAUCAAGUAAUAAUAUUAUGAAUUUCCGCAAGUAUAUAAACGACGAUAGUAGUAAUGACAUAACAAAACAAAGUAAUUUGAGUUCUAUAGAAUCGCAUACAAUGAACCUGAAUAAUUUAUACAACUUUAAUAACAUAUGCAAUGAAAUCAAUUCAUAUAGUUUUAAAUCGAAUCCAUUAGACAAUACGAAAGUACAAAAUAUGAAUUCUUCAUAUUGUAAUCAAAUGAAAUAUUCCGAUUAUUACCAACAUAAACACUGUUUAUGUCAUAGAACAGGUAUCUUAAAUACUUCAAAUUCUUCAGAAAAUCAGAUAAAUUCAUCAUAUGUUUGCAGCUUACAUAAAAAUGAUUAUACUAAAAUUUCCAUGAAUUUUCCUAACGCAUCUAGUUCGGUUAAUGUGGACUCUAAUGUUUAUAAUAGUAAUAUAACAGCACCAUGUGUAAUGAAUUCGAAUCCAAUGAAUUAUAAUAUUGGGAAAUGGGGUUCGGAUAUUAUAAAUCUGAUGCAAACGACCAAUAUGAAUAACUUAAAAAUUAAUGAUCUUAAUUUAAAUGAAAUUAAUAAAAUAAAUUUUCAAGACUCUAAUUUAUCCAUUUGUUCACAUGGAAAAUCGAAAUCUAAAAAACAUAAAAGUGAUUAUUCGACAGUUCCUUAUAAUAUCCUUUCAAAUAAUAUGAAUAGGAAUCAUAUUACAUCAAAUAGUGUACCUUCAAACAAUAUUUUAUCUAAUAAUAUGAUACCAAAUAAUAUUGCGUUAAACAAUAUGCCUUCAAGCAGUAUUAUAUCAAAUAAUAUGGCGUCGAGCAAUAUUCCAUCGAACAAUACGAUAUCAAACGAUGGAAUAUCAAACAAUAUAAUCUUAAGUAACUUACUAUUAAAAAGUUUAUCAAACAAAUAUACUUCAAACAAUAUGGUAUCUAAUGAUAUGUUAAAUAAUAUGCCAAACUAUAUGCUAAAUAAUAUGUCAAAUAAUAUGUCAAAUAAUAUGUCAAAUAAUAUGUCAAAUAAUAUGUCAAGUAAUAUGUCAAGUAAUAUGUCAAGUAACAUGGCUAGGAAUGUGUCAAAUAAUAUACCAAACAAUAUGUCAAAUAAUAUGUCUAGCAAUUUUAUUUCAAGCAACUUGUCAAAUAGCUUCAUUUCAAAUAAUAUGUCAAGUAAUUUGUUUCUAAAGAGUUUGAUUUCUAACAACUUUAUUCCAGACCAUGUAAUUCCUAACAACUCGAAUUCAAAAAACAUCAUUUCAAAUAACGUCAAUUUGAACAACUUUGUUUCAAACAAUUUUAUAUCAAACCAUAUGGAAUAUAAUAAUAGAAAAAACAAAAAUUCAAUUGCUUCUUCAAAAGUUGAUACAUUAAAUAAUGAAAAUAUGAAUUCUUUAUCAGAAAAAUUAAAUCCUUUGAUUUUAUCUUCAUCUCAUAGUAUUCAUAACGAAAACCAAGUAUUCAAUAAUCUCCAUUUUUCUGAACAUAUGCAAAAAGAUAAAGAGGAAAUAAAAAAUGAUAAUGUUAUAAAAUAUAUGCAAGAGGAACAAAUAAAAAAAACACCAGAAGCGUAUUUAUUAAAUAACUAUUAUUUAAUGUUUCAACAGAAACUAGAAAAUGAACUAUCUUAUACGAAAAAUAUGAAAACCGAUGACCCUAAAAAAUUUAAUGAUAUAAUUAUAAACCAACAAAAUAUAUGCAAUAGUAGCAUGAAAAAUUAUAAUAAUAUUAAUGAAGAAAAAAAUAAAAUGUGUUCGCAUGAAAACAUAACUCAAAAUAUGAACAUAAGUACAAUAAAGAAUAAUGAUGAUAAACAAAUAGUAGUAAGUAAACGAAGUAGCAAUGUUUUAAGACAAAUGAUUGAUUUUCCAAGUGUAAACGACAAAAUACAAAAUGAAUCCUUUGCAAAUAGAAGAAGAAAAGCACGAGAAAUGAAUAUACAAGAUGACAUUUGUACUGAGGUGUAUAAAUCUCAAACAAUUAAAGAUAGAUUAAGAUCAAGAGCACGAAAAAAAGGUUUAGAAGGAGUUGUUGGUGGUAGAACCACAGAAGCUAAUAGCCAAUCCUUAUCUAAAUACGAUUUUCUUUUGAAUAAAAAUACAAUUCCUAAUAAUACGAUUAAUUUAAGAAAUAAAAAAGAAUCAAAACAAAAUGAACAAAUGAAUAAUUCUAAAGAAACAUGCUAUCACAUAAUAGAAGAUAUAGAUAGCAAUGUAAAUGAACAGAUUACAAAGGAUAUAGAUAUUAAUGAAAUAAAAAGUAAUUUAAAAGUUGAUGAAAAUAUGAUGGGAUUCUUAUAUACAGAUGAAAAGAAAGAGGAAACGAAUCAAAAUCAAGAGCAAGAGAAUAUUUUGGAUUGUGCUAAUAAAACGGUAUUUAAUAAAAAUGGAAGUAGUAUAAGAAGAAAAAGAAAUAAUGAAAUUAAAAAUAAAAAACACGAAGAAGGGAAAGAUAAGGAAGAUAAAAAUUUGAAUGACAAAGAUAUGGAACAGACGAAUGUAGAAGAAAAUGAUAUUGAAGAGGAAAAUAUUACUGAGGAAAAUGAGGACAAAAAUUCAGAUGAUAAAAAUGUUGAGGAACGUAACUGUCGUGAGAGUGCACACGAUAGAAGAUUCAUACAAACACGAUCCAAGUAUAAACAGUUGUACAAUGAAAAACAUAGAAUAAAUAAAAAUAUGCAUAAUAAGCAAAUAAACAAAAUGUCACAAAGAAAUAAUCGUAAUAGAAACAUGGAAAAUAUGGACGAAGAAAAAAAAAGUUCAACAGAUAUUUGUGAUAAUUCAAGAGAAAUGGAAAAUGAUAAGAAUGAAGAAAAUGUAGAAUCAGAUAAUAUAAAAGAGUUAAAUGGAAUAAUAAAUAAAGAAAAUAUAGAUAAUGAUGAAAAUAAACCAUUUAAUGAAAACAAUAUAGAACAAAUAAAAUUGGAUAAUUCUGAUGAAAAUAUAAAACCAAAUAUGCAAAAAAACAAAGAAAAUGUUAAUACUAUAACAAAUGAAAGAAACAAAAGAAAAAGGGAAAAAACAAAAUGUACAGAUGAGAAAAAUGAUCAGGACAAAGAUAAUACACAUGAACACAUGGUAGAAAAAAAAAUGAAACUUGAAGAAGAGUUCGAAGAGAUGGAAAGAAACACCAAUAAUAACAAGAUUAAUUAUGAUAAAAAUAAUAAUGAUGAGAAGAACAAUAAUACAGAUUGUACAAAUUGUACAAAUUGUGAAGAUAAUAUUAAAGAAAACAAUAUAACACUUUUAAACGGUAAUAUAGAAAAUAUUGAUAACGAUAAAAAUAAAUUAGUAAGUGAAACAGUUGAAUGUACAAAUGAUAUAAAUGAAAAGAAGAAAAUAGGAGAACAAAUUGCAUGCACAAAUAAUGAUAAAAUGCUAUAUUCUGUAAAUGUUAUAAAUGAUGAUUUUAAUAUGAAAAAUGUGGUGGAAUUUCUGUCUCAUAAUGAUGUUGCUAUAAAGAAAGAAUUAAAUUAUUUAAAUAUAGAAAAUAAAAUACAUGAAAGAGAAUAUAUAUUAGAUAAUAAGAAAACGUUACAUAUUGAUAACAAAAAAAAUAAAGAUAUUUAUCAUAAUAUUGCAAAAUCAGGUAUUGAUGAAAAUAUGAUUAAUAGUAAUUUAUUUGAUAAUUAUGAUAAUAAAAAUAGUGUGAGAGAUUUGCCAAGAGAUUUAUAUUCUUCAACAGAUGGGACUAUGGAUAUCUUAAUUAAUAAGAAAAAGAAAAUAUGGUCAAAUAUAGGUUGUAUUAAUUAUAUGGAUAAUUUUGUUGGUAAAGGAUCUUAUGGAAGUGUUAGAAAAGUUUUAUAUAAUAUAGAUUUAAAUAAUGAAUAUUUAAAAUUUUAUAUUGAUAAAAUAAAUGAUGUAAAAUUUCUUAAAGUAUUAACACACACAUGUCAUAUGAAAAAGGGUUUAAAAUAUCUUGUAGAUAAAUAUGAUAUAGCUUCUGAUUCGGAUUGUGUUAGUUAUUGGAAUGAUUAUUAUUUAGAAUUAAAGGACCACGUGAAUGAUGAAAAAUAUGAAGAGAUAACAAACGAAACAAAAAAUGUACAAAACCUACAAGAUGAAAAAAACAAAGGCAUUGAAAAAUCAAUAAAUAAAAAUACGAACAAACCAAAUGAAAAGGAAUUAGUUAUUUUAGAAUCGGAUUUGAUGUUAAACAAUAAGUUAGAUAAUUGCUUAUGUUGUCAUAAGAAAAGAUAUUUUGAAUUGGCAGUAAAAGAAAUAGAUAUAAGUAGAAAAGGUAAUGAAUUUCAAUUUUUAAGAGAACAAGAAUUAUUAUGUCAUUUUAAUUGCAAUGUUAUUAAACCAUUAAGUACAAAAAUAGGAGAUUUAAAAAAUAAACAGAAUUAUGAAAUAUUAAUGCAUUGUGCUACUGGAGAUUUAAGAAAAUUAUUACAAAAUUUAUUAUAUCAUAGAAAAAAAGAAUAUGAAAAAAAAAAAAAAGUAAAUAAAAUAUUAAAAUUAAUUCAUAUUUUGUUUGGAAGAAAAUAUCAUUGUUUUGAGAGUUUAUAUAACUUUGAAUGUAUAGGAUUAUGUUAUAAAAAGUUAAAAAAUAUAAAAAUGAAAAUAAAUAAUAAUACUAUUGAAAUAAAAAAUCCAGAAUUUGAUUAUAUAUAUGAAAAUGUUAAAGAAUAUAAUUGUGGUUUAACUGAAUCAGAAUGUAAGUUCUUAUUUUUUCAAAUAGCAAGUGGUAUUAGUUUUAUUCAGACAUGUUAUCAAUCUAAUAUCGUACGUUUAACUGAUAUAAAAUUACAGAAUAUUUUGGUAUUUACUGAUUCAUAUAAUAUAUAUAAUCCAUUAAAAUGGCAUUUAUGUAUAUCUGAUUUUGGUUGUUCAGCUAUGGAAUAUGCUACUUAUUAUUUAGAAAAUUCAAAAAACUAUAUGAAUGUAUAUAAAACUUUAUUGAAUCAAUGGAAAUAUGAAUUUAAAAAUCAGUUAUCAUCAUAUUUCCAAGGUACUGUUUAUACUAUGGCACCUGAAGGAUUGUGUUAUGAUCAUAAUGGGAACUAUAGGCAAUCCAAAUAUAAUCAAUUAAUUUAUUUUUAUGAACAAAAUUUUGGUGAUAUUGAAAAAAGAUUUGAAGAAUUGCAAAAACCUCCAAUAUCUGUUAAACAUACCAUGCAUAAUUUGAAGGUAUUAAAUAUCAACUGUAAUGUAAAUUUUACUUUCCUAAAUUAUCAUCAUAAAAAAUAUAAUAAUGAACACGAUGAAAAAACGAUACAAGAAAGUACGGACACUAUAAAAAAGGAAAAAAAUACGCUUAGUUGUAAAAAGAUCAAUAUGGAUAAUGAAACUAAUCGAACAAAUUACAAAAAUUAUAAAAAUAAAAAUUAUAUGAGUGAAAAUUUAAAUAUCCCAUCUGAAUCUAGUAAUACGAACAAUAGCAGUACUAAUAAUUAUAACAAUAGUAAUAACCCAUCUGCAUCUACACAAUACUCUCCCUUUGACAUCAGAUGUGAUAGUUGGUCAUUAGGUAUAAUUCUAGCAGAUCUGGCAAAAUGUGGUGUGAAUUCAUAUGAAUAUAUGAUUAUGGAUAACUACCGUGAAGAGGAUAAUUUAUUUAAUGAAAAGAUUGAGAUCCUUAAUAAUAUUAUCUUAAAGGAUUUAAAUGUUUUAAAAGAUGACGAAAUGUUUUAUAUAAAAUAUAUUAUGGAUUAUUAUGACAUUAUAAGUUUACAGUGGGGUGAUGAAAUAAUACAAAAUGAACAAAUAAAACAUAAUGUGCAUAUGCAUAAAAAAAUUGAUACUAAUGAAAGUAAAAAUAAAAAUAACAAUAAUGAGAUUAAUAGGGAUAAUACAUAUAAUAUAUAUGAUAAGCAUAAGAAAAACCAUGCAGAUAAUAAUAAUAAUAAUAAUAAUAAUAAUAAAAAUAAUAUUAUUUUUACUAACACAGAUGAAACAAAUAAAGAGAACAAAAAAGUUCAUGUAAAGAGUUGUAAUAAAAAGACACCACAUAAUAGCGAUAUGUGUCUUAAUAAUAUCUGUUCGAGCUCUAAUACUGUCGGUAUGGUAUUCAACAAAAAUGAAAUAUACCUUAAUUCAUUGAAGAAAGAUGAUGAAAAAGUUCAUGUAGAAAAUUCAGAAUCAUUUACUCAACAUUAUAAAUCAUUAAUAUUAAAAUACAAAAAUUAUAUAAAGAAUGACAAAUUAAUUCAAAUUAAAAACGAAUAUGUACAUUAUUAUAAAAUUUAUAAAAAAUUUUUAAACGAAGAAAACAUGCGAAAAUAUCUUUUAUUAGCACUUUUAUUGAUGAAUAAUAAUAUAUCUUAUAAAAGAUGUAAUGAAAUUCAAUCUUUUGCAAAAGUUGAAUUAACCAUAAAGAACAUUGGCUCAGGUAUAUUUAAAUUUAGAAAUAAAAAAGAAAAAGAAAAUUAUAUAAAAGAAUUUAAAAUGAAUGUUCAGAAUGAUAUGAUGAAUCCAAAUAAAGAUUAUUGGCAUAGUAGACUAACAAAUAAAUAUUUAGCUUGUAUAUUAAAAGAUAUAUGUCAUGAUGAUUUUUAUAAUAGAAUGAAAAAAAUAAAAAAAAGUUUCAAUAAAUAUGAAGUACCAUUAAACUAUAGUGAUGAAUAUUGGGAUCUAUUAACUAAUCUAUUGAACUAUGUGCCAUCCGAAAGAUUAUUAGCUUGUGAAGUUCUUGGACAUGAUUUUUUUUCUGAGCAUAAUGAAAAAAUUCAUAAUAUUAUUAAAGAAAAUAAUCAUGAAAGAUAUGUUGAGUUAUUUAAAGAUGAAACUUUUUGUGAUACUUUGUUAAAAAACUACAAACAAGAAAAGAAAGAAAAAAAUUAUAUAAGUAGACCUUUCUUCCAAGAUUUGAGAAAGAAGUUGGAUGGUGUGUAUAAAGAAGAUCAGAAAAAAAAUAUUCAAUCAGAUUUUAAAUUAAAAUUGAAAAAAUGCUCUAUUCCAUUGGAAAUAAUUAGAAACAAAAUAAUUUUAAACAAGCAAAAUUCAAAAGAAAAAUGUCAUAAUAAGGAUAACUGUUAUACUAUUGAUACUACAAAUAACAGUAAUAUUAUUAUUAAUAAUAAUAAUAAUAAUAAUAGUAAUAGUAAUAAUGUUUUAAGACAUAAUAAAAAAAGUGAUAUUUUUAAUAAAAAUAUAGUUAACCAAAUAAAUAAUAAUAAAACUAUUAAAUAUAUAAUUUUAAUGUAUGAAAUUAUUAUUAAGAAUAUGAAAAAGACAUGUGGCAUGUGUAAUGACAUAAAAAAUUGUUUAAAUUAUAAACAUAUAAUAAAUAAAAUUAAGAAUUUAGAAAAUUUAAUUUUAAAUUUCCAACUAAGUAAAAAAAAUAUUAUAUGUGAUCACAAAAAAAAAAUUAAAUUACCAAUGUUAUAUUUAAGCAAUGUAUGUAAUAAUAUAUAUUACUUUUUAAAUGAUUAUUCUAUUUUUGAAGAAUUUAAAAAUUUAGAUAUAUUUAUGAAUAUACAUUUACCAUUUGAACAUUUAUCUUUACCAUUGUGUGAUGAAAAAACAUUUCGAAAUAAAAAUUUUGCUAAUUUUUAUUUUAAACCGAUAUAUUAUUAUUCAUUACCAUAUAAAAUUAUACAUGCUUGGUAUACCGGACCUGCACAUAUUUAUUUUAAUCAUCCAUAUGUACCUGAUUUCAUCAAGCUUAUUUGUUUAAGAGAAAAAAACGUUUUAAGAAGAAAAGAAAUUAUCUUUUGGUAUGAUGAAGAUAUUGUCUUAAAUAAUAUUCUUAAAAUUAAAGAUAUUCUUAAAUGUUCAAAUGAUUUCUUAUGUACCCCUUAUGUUUCUCAUUUAAUAGGUAAACAGCUUAUAUUACGAAAAUAUUUUAUUACCAAAUUUUUUAAGGACAAAAUGAAACUUUAUAUUGAUAAUUAA